AUGGACAUAGCCUACGACCACGUGCAAGAAGCAGCCUACUCGCCGACGGGCGAGGGGCGCAACGACCCCCACGACGAGCAAUCCCCCGAACACCCCGACCUCAACACCGAGCUUCGCACCGCCUUCCAAACCCUCUCGACGUCCCAAUGGGGCACCAAGCUCGGCGGCUGGUUCAGCACGGCGCGCAAACAGGGCGAAAGCUUCUACCAGGAUUUGCAGAAGGAGGCUUCGGAAGCGCAGGAGCAGGCGACGAAGGGGUUUAGCAGUUUGAAAGAGGGGAUUGUCAAGAGCACUGGCUCGCUGAGUUUUGGUUCCGAGCCUGCGCUGCAGAGUACUGUGCCGGGGGAAGAGGCGGUGCCACGGUCGACGACGGCAACAUCGACGGGGGCCGCAACGGCGGAGGCGGAAGCGCUGCAAGAUCCGGAGCAGCGCGCGGAGAGUCUGCCCGCGGAUAUUGUGAAAGAAGCCGGAUCGCUCGUUGCCAGCUUACGCUCGACGGCAGCGAGUAGGUUGAAAGAUCUGCAGCGGGCGGAGGACGCGGCGGACGAGGCGCUGCUGAAGUUUGGAACGAAUGUGCGGAAUUUCCUGCGCGAUGCGGUGGUCAUCUCCGCUCCCGAGGAUGACGAAGCGGCUGAGAGGGAGGUGAUUUUCGAGACGAAGGAGCCCGGCACGGGGAAGAAGGUGUUUCAUUCUACGCGGCUGGAUGCGCAGCUGCAUGCGAUCCACACGACUUUUACGUCUUUCACGCGCAAUCCUGCGGAGGGGGAGAAAUGGGAGGAGUGGGAGAGGGAGUUUGAUAUUGAGAGUAAGACGGGGGAUGUGGCGGCGGAUUUGGAGAGGUAUGAGGAGUUGCGGCGGGCGAUGGAGAAGCUGGUGCCGGAGGAGGUUGAUUACAAGACGUUUUGGAUGCGGUACUAUUUCUUGCGGAAAGCGAUGGAGGAAGAGGAGAGGCGGAGACGAGAGGUGUUGAAAGGUGCGGCAACGAAUCACGAAGCCGUGACAUGGGACGAAGACUCGGAGGACGAAUCUGAGCAAACAUCGACACCAAACACGGCGGCACCAGCGAGCAAUGCAGCCGCUUCUGCAUCGACGACGACGCUCAGUGCACCGCCUGUCAAUGCAGAGCAGAAGACGGCUUCCCCGCGGCGCAGUCACGAGGACGAAUCCAAGAGUGUGGCCGAUUCGGAUGCGAGCUACGACAUGGUGUCUGGGGCGACGAGUCGAGCGAUGGGAAGUCCAAAGGAGGAGAAGAGGGAUGCGGGUGGGAAGGAGGAGGAGAGCGAUGAUGAUUGGGAGUGA